AUUUCCUUCCUGGGGGUUGUCUAAUACAGGAUCUCAAGAUGGCGUCGAGUGGAGGAGAUGGAGAACCCGAGUGGACCGCAGCCGUGCGACCACUUUUAUCAGCGUCGUACACGGCAUUUGAGACGAAGGAGCUACCUCAGCUCGUAGGAUCCAUCAUUAACAGUGCAUCGGAAAUCCUCCAUCAUGACAAACAGUACGAACCCUUCUACUCCUCUUUUGUGGCUCUCUCCGCACAUUACAUCACCACAGUUUGUGGACAAAUCCCCAGAAACCAGCUGCUGUCAGUGGCGGCAGCCUGUAAAGUACUCAUCGAAUUCUCCCUGCUGAGGCUGGAGAACCCAGACGAGGCAUGUGCCGUUUCACAGAAGCACCUGAUCCUCCUGAUAAAAGGCCUUUGCACGGCCUGCAGCCGCCUGGAUCGCACAGAAAUCAUCACCUUCACCGCGAUGAUGAAGUCAGCCAAGCUGCCUCUGACUGUCAAGACGCUGUCUGACGUGGAGGACCAGAAGGAUCUGCCCUCGCCGGUGAAUCCUGAGGUUCGACAGAAGGAGGUGCAGAUGAAUUUCUUCAACCAGCUGACCUCCGUGUUCAACCCAGACGUCAACAUGCUGUCGUCUCCCUGUGGACAAAUCCAGGUGGAGAGUGAGAGCGAUGACCAAACGAGGGCAGACCAAGCGACGCAGGCGAAAAUGAAGAAUGCCUUCAUCUCCCAGAAUGUGUCCAGUUUACAGGAACUGGGGGGCUCGGAGAAGCUGCUGCGCGUGUGCCUCAACCUGCCCUACUUCCUGCGCUACAUCAACCGCUUUCAGGACGCCGUGUCGGCCAACUCCUUCUUCAUCAUGCCGGCGACGGUGGCCGACGCCACCGCCGUGCGCAACGGGUUUCACUCCUUGGUGAUUGAUGUGACGAUGGCCUUGGACACCCUGUCCUUGCCUGUGCUGGAGCCCCUGACGCCACGGCGGCUGCAGGACGUCACGGUGCUGGCCCUCAGCUGCCUUUACGCCGGUGUAAGUGUGGCCACUUGCAUGGCCAUCCUGCAUGUGGGUAGCGGCCUGCAGCUCCGUACCGCCUCCACCGGCUCCAAGGAGGAAGACUAUGACAACGAUGCUGCUACAAUAGUUCAGAAAUGCCUGGAGAUUUACGACAUGAUUGGGCAGGCGAUCAGAAACUCCCGCAGAGCUGGAGGGGAGCACUACCAGAACUUCCAGCUCCUCGGGGCCUGGUGCCUACUAAACAGCCUCUACUUGAUCCUCAACCUGAGCCCCACAUCCCUGGCCGACAAGGGGAAGGAGAAGGACCCCCUGGCGGCCCUGCGGGUUCGGGACAUCGUCACACGUGCCAAGGAUGGGGCCGGCUCGCCCAAACUCAGCCCCGGCAAAGGGCACCAGGGCUUUGGAGUUCUAUCAGUCAUCCUGGCAAAUCACUCUAUAAAACUGCUUUCUUCUCUCUUCCAAGACCUGCAAGUGGAGGCUCUGCACAGGGGCUGGACCAGCGACGGACCCCCAGCAGAUCUCAGCAUCAUGGCCCAGAGCACCUCCAUCCAGAGGGUUCAGAGACUCAUUGAUUCGGUGCCCCUCACCAACCUGCUCUUUACCCUGCUGUCCACCUCCUACAAGAAGGCCUGUGUCCUCCAGCGACAAAGGAAAGGGUCAGUGAGCAGUGAUGUCAGCGCCUCCACAGACUCCAAUACCUACUAUGAAGAUGACUUCAGCAGCACAGAGGAAGAUAGCAGUCAGGAUGAGGACAGCGAGCCCAUCCUGGGUCUGUGGUUCGAGGAGACCAUCUCCCCCAGCAAGGAGAAAGUGGCCCCCCCACCGCCUCCCCCACCACCCCCCCUGGAGACAUCUCCGAGGCUGAAGAGCCCCAGCAAGCAGAGCACAGGGGAGAACGGGAACAUCCUGUCCAGCCGGAAGGACCCUGAGCUGUUCCUGAGCCUGGCUUCCAGCAUCUUGAACUUUAUCGCUACCUCCAUGCUCAAGUCCAGGAACAACUUCAUCCGCAACUAUCUGAGCGUCUCCCUGAACGAGCAGCACAUGGCCACCCUGGCCAGCAUCAUCAAAGACGUGGACAAGGACGCCAAAGGAUCGUCUGACGAAGAAUUCGCAUGUGCUCUGUAUCACUUUAACCACUCGCUGGUGACGUCAGAUCUCCCCUCGCCAACGCUGCAGAACACCUUGCUGCAGCAGUUGGGUGUGGCUCCUUUCUCCGAGGGGCCCUGGCCGCUCUACAUCCACCCCCAGUCCCUGUCGGUGCUCUCAAGGUUGCUGCUCAUCUGGCAGCACAAGGCCAGCCUGGUGGGCGAUUCUGACGUACCCGAGUGCAUGAAGGUCUGGGAGAGGUUUGUGGGCACGCUGAAGCAGCACACGCUGCAGGGUGCCUCUCCUGGCGAGGAGGACCUCAACGUGGAGCACCUCCAGCUGCUGCUGCUCAUCUUCCACAACCUGUCGGAGCGGGGUCGCCGGGACGUGCUGAUGCUCUGCACCCAGGCCAUCGCGGAGGUGGCUGCCCAGGGGCAGUCGCAGCUGCAGGCCGUGCCCCUCAACCUGGGCCGCCUCCUGCUGCUCUUUGACUACCUGCUGCACCAGUACUCCAAGGCGCCGGUGUACCUCUUCGAGCAGGUGCAGUACAAUCUGCUGACUCCCCCUGCCACCGGGGGCAGCGCAGGCGAAGAGGGGGCCAAGAGGGGCUCCAUUCCGCUCUACUAUGGCUUCAAGGAGGUAGAGGACAACUGGACGAAGCACAGCUCGGCAGAUUCUGCGAUGCAGCCUAAAUUUUACUGCGUCCUGUCACCUGAGGCAUCGGAAGAUGACCGGAAUCGCCUGGACAGCAAAGUCUUCCCAGUGCUGUUCAACGGCGCAGUGAAAUACGACGACUUGUACUCCUGCCUGAUAUCCCUGCUGUCCGCCGGGUCCCAGUUUGACACGGCCAGGAGGCAAGAAAACAAGACCAUCAUGCCUGUGGAGGCCUGCUCUCUUCAGUACUACUUCCUGGUGCUGUGGCGCCUACUGGGCGCACUGCCCCCCUCCAAGGCCUACGUGGAGCAGCUGACGGGCAGCGGCAGCGACGGCGCCGACAGCGACAUCCUGCACACCCUGCGCUGGUCCUCGCGGCUCCGUGUGCCCACCUACGUCGACUGGAUCAAGGAGCACCUGGUGAAGCAGGGGAUGAAGGCCGACCAUGCGGCCUCGCUGAUCGAGGCAGCCUCCAGCAGGUGCAGCGCCGUCAAGUAUGACGUGGAGCUGGCGGAGGAGUACAUCGCCCGGCAGAUCUCCUCUUUCUGCUGCGUGGACCCCAACACCAUCCUACCCCUCCACCACGUGCCCAAUCUGCAGACCAUCUACACCCUCGACGCAGUCAUCUCCAAGGUGCAGGUCUCUCUGGACGAGCACUUCUCUAAGGUGGCCGCGGAGACGGACCCGCACAAGUCGUCGGAGAUCACGAAGAACCUGCUCCCCGCCACGCUCCAGCUGAUUGACACCUACACAGCCUUCACCAGGUCCUACCUGCUGAUGAGCCUCCCAGAAGGCACAGAGGGCAAACCCCCGGAGCGCAAGCUACAGGGUUACGCCGCCGUGCUGUCCAUCGGCUCCACCCGCUGCAAGGCCAACGUGCUUGGUCAGGGCGUAAUGCAGAACCUCCCCCCGGCUGUGCAGACGCUGUGCGAGACGUGGAACGGCAUCCACACAAACGAGUUCCCCAACAUCGGCUCAUGGAGAAACGCCUUUGCCAACGACACCAUCCCGUCGGAGAGCUACAUCGGCGCCAUCCAGGCAGCACACCUGGGCACACUCAGCAACCAGUCUCUGCCCCUGGCGUCCUCUCUCAAACACGUGCUGCUGUCUCUGGUGCGCCUCUCUGGGGACCUCAUUGUGUGGUGUCCGGAGGACUUGAGCCCCCCGCAGGUGAUGGGCUCCCUGCUUCCCCUGCUGCUGGAGGCCAGCACGGAGAGCGUGGCAGAGAUCGCCAGCACCUCGCUGGAGCGCAUCCUGGGUCCCGCCGAGUCCGACGAAUUCCUGGCGCGCGUCUACGAGCGCCUGGUCACCGGCUGCUACAACAUCAUCGCCAACCACUCUGACCUGAACAGCGGCCUGGAUGAAUCCGUCCUGGAGGAGUGCCUGCAGUACCUGGAGAAGCAGCUGGAGAGCAGCCAGGUGCGCAAGGCCAUGGAGGAGUUCUUCUCCUACAGUGGUGAGCUUGUGCAGAUCAUGAUGGCGACAGCCAACGAGAACCUCUCGGCCAAGUUCUGCAACCACGUGCUGAAGUUUUUCACCAAACUCUUCCAACUAGCGGAGAAAACCCCCAACCCCAGCCUGCUGUGUCUGUGCGGCUCGUUGGCCCAGUUGGCGUGUGUGGAGCCCUCACGCCUGCAGGCCUGGCUCACGCGCAUGACGGCGUCGCCGGCGCGGGACUCGGACCAGCCGGAGGCCGUGCAGGAGAACCGGCAGCUGCUGCAGCUGCUCACGGCCUACAUCGUACGGGACGGCAGCCAGGUGGGCGAGGGCGUGUGCACCGUGCUCCUCAGCACACUCAUCCCCAUGGCGACGGAGAUGCUGGCCACGGGCGACGGUGCCGGCUUCCCUGAGCUCAUGGUCAUCAUGUCCACGCUGGCGGGUGCCGGGCAGGGGGCGGGACACCUGCAGCUCCACCGGGCAGCCAUUGAUUGGCUUACCAGAUGCAAAAAGUACUUGACUCAGAAGAAUGUGGUUGAGAAGGUCAGCGCAAAUGUAUCACAGGGCAAACAUGCCAGCAUGCUGGAGUGCUCUUGCCACAUCAUCUCCUACCUGGCGGACGUGAUGAACGCCUUGCGGCAGAGUGGGGCGGGAGGAGGCCAGGGAUCCACACAGAUGCUGGUGGAAGGCGAGGAGAAGGCCAUUGAGGUGGAUUCCGACUGGGUGGAGGAGCUGGCCGUGGAAGAAGACGACUCUCAGGCUGAAGAUUCGGAUGAAGACUCGCUAUGCAACAAACUAUGCACCUUCACCAUCACCCAGAAAGAGUUCAUGAACCAGCACUGGUACCACUGUCACACCUGUAAGAUGGUGGAUGGGGUAGGCGUGUGUACUGUGUGCGCCAAAGUGUGCCACAAAGACCACGAGAUCUCCUACGCCAAGUACGGCUCCUUCUUCUGCGACUGCGGGGCCAAGGAGGAUGGCAGCUGCCAGGCCCUGGUCAAGCGCAGUCCCAGCAGCGGCAUGAGCUCCACCCUGAAGGAGUCGUCGGCCUUCCAGAGUGAGCCGCGAGUGCCGGAGAGCGCCAUCCGCCACCAGAAUUCCUCACCUGCCGACAAGGGCAAGGUGACCAUCUGCGAUGGCAAGGCCGGUGACGAGGACAAGCCCAGGAAGAGCAGUGCCUGCCGCAGCGUGGAGGGCUGCCGGGACGAGCUGCUCUCUCAAGUGCUGGGCUCCUCCACGCCGGCCAUCGUGCUGGACAUGCUCGUCUUCCUCAUGGACGCCAUCCAGACCAACUUCCAGCAGGCGUCCGCGGUGGGCAGCAGCAGCCGCGCCCAGCAAGCCCUCCACGAGCUGCACACCCAGGACAAGACCGUGGAGAUGACAGAUCAGCUCAUGGUGCCCACCCUGGGCUCCCAAGAGGGGGCGUUUGAGAACGUGCGCAUGAACUACAGCGGCGACCAGGGCCAGACCAUCCGGCAGCUGAUCAGCGCCCACGUGCUGCGGCGUGUGGCCAUGUGCGUGCUCUCCUCCCCGCACGGGCGCCGCCAGCACCUGGCCGUCAGCCACGAGAAGGGCAAGAUCACUGUGCUCCAGCUGUCCACCCUGCUGAAGCAGGCGGACUCUAGCAAGCGGAAGCUGACCCUGACGCGCCUGGCUUCGGCCCCCGUGCCCUUCACCGUUCUCAGCCUCACGGGGAACCCCUGCAAUGAAGACUACCUGGCCGUGUGCGGCUUGAAGGAUUGCCACGUCCUCACUUUCAGCAGCACGGGCUCCGUUUCAGACCACUUGGUUCUUCACCCUCAGCUGGCCACGGGGAACUUCAUCAUCAAGGCUAUCUGGCUGCCCGGCUCUCAGACCGAGCUGGCCAUCAUCACCGCCGACUUUGUCAAGAUUUACAACCUUUCUGUGGAUGCCUUGAGCCCUAUUUACUACUUCCUGCUGCCGAGCUCCAAAAUCCGCGACGCCACCUUCCUGUUUAAUGAAGAAGGAAAGAACAUAAUCGUCAUCAUGUCCUCCGCUGGGUACAUCUACACGCAGGUGAUGGACGACUCCAGCAGCGCCCAGCACGGCCCCUUCUACGUUACCAACGUGCUGGAGAUCAUCCACGAGGACCUGAAGGACAGUAACGGGCAGGUGGCCGGCGGUGGCGUGUCUGUCUACUACUCUCACGUGCUGCAGAUGCUCUUCUUCAGCUACAGCCAGGGCAAGUCGUUCGCCGCGACGGUCAGCCGCAGCACCAUGGAAAUGCAGCGGCUCUUCACCAUCAACGUCAAGGGCUCCAAUGGGGGGAGCAAGACAUCUCCAGCUCUCUGCCAGUGGUCGGAGGUGAUGAACCACCCAGGGCUGGUGUGCUGCGUGCAGCAGACCACAGGCAUCCCGCUGGUCAUCAUGGUGAAGCCCAACACCUUCCUCAUCCAGGAGAUCAAGACGCUUCCAGCCAAAGCCAAGAUCCAGGACAUGGUGGCCAUCCGCCACACGGCCAGCAACGAGCAGCAGCGCACCACAAUGAUCCUGCUUUGCGAGGACGGCAGCCUGCGCAUCUACAUGGCCAGCGUGGAGAGCACCUCCUUCUGGCUGCAGCCCGCCCUGCAGCCCAGCAGCGUCAUUAGCAUCGUGAAGCCGGUGCGCAAGCGCAAGGCCACGGCCGCCGCCACACGCACAUGCAGCCAGGUGACCUUCCCUGUGGAUUUCUUUGAGCACAACCAGCAGCUGACAGAGGUGGAGUUCGGGGGCAACGAUCUGCUGCAGGUGUAUAACGGGCAGCAGAUCAAACACCGGCUCAACUCCACCGGCAUGUAUGUGGCCAGCACCAAGCCCGGUGGCUUUACGGUGGAGGUCGUCAACAACAACAGCUCCAUGGUGAUGACGGGCAUGCGCGUGCAGGUGGGCACCCAGGCCAUCGAGCGUGCUCCGUCCUACCUGGAGAUCUUCGGGCGCACCAUGCAGAUGAGCCUGACUCGAGCCCGCUGGUUCGACUUCCCCUUCACCCGCGAGGAGGCCCUGCAGGCUGACAAGAAGCUCUCCAUCUUCAUCGGAGCUUCAGUGGACCCAGCAGGUGUUACCAUGCUGGACUCUAUUAAGAUCUACGGGAAGACCAAGGAGCAGUUUGGCUGGCCCGACGAGCCCCCGGAAGACUUCCCCUCGGCCUCAGUCAACAACACAUGCAGCCCCAACAUGAACCAGAGCAACGGGAGCAGCGAGAGCGACAUCGUGGCCCCCAGUGCUACCAGCGGCACUGUGCUUGAGAGGCUGGUGGUCAGUUCCCUGGAAGCUCUGGAGAGCUGCUUCGCCGUCUGCUCGACGGGCGAGAAGGAGAAAAACAAAGCGGCCGCCCUCGACCUGGCCACCCAGUUGCUCUCCAUGCCCACUCCCGCCGGCGUCCAGCAGCAGACCAAGGGUCUCCUGGCCAGCCUGCACACCAGCCGCACUGCCUACCACAACCACAAGUGGCUGUGGUUCUCAUUCUCUUUCCGCCAGUCCUCGUCCUUCAUCUCCAACGCCACGGCAACAGCCCUCCUCAGCUCCGGCGCCAUAGACUACUGUCUGCAUGUACUCAAGUCCCUGCUGGAGUUCUGGAAGACGCAGCAGGGUGAGGAGGAGCCCGCCGCUGCCAGCCAGCUCCUUAAGCCCCACACCUCCUCCUCGCCCCCGGAUAUGAGCCCCUUCUUCCUGCGCCAGUAUGUCAAGGGCCAUGCGGCCGACGUGUUUGAGGCCUACUCCCAGCUGCUCACCGAGAUGGUGCUGCGACUGCCGUACCAGAUCAAGAAGAUCGCCGACGCCAACUCGCGCAUCCCACCGCCCAUCUUUGACCACUGCUGGUUUUACUUCCUGUCUGAGUACCUGAUGAUCCAGCAGACCCCGUUCGUGAGGCGUCAGGUCCGCAAGCUGCUGCUGUUCAUCUGCGGCUCCAAGGAUAAGUACCGGCAGCUGCGCGACCUGCACACGCUGGACUCGCACGUGCGCGCUAUCAAGAGGCUGCUGGAGGAGCAGGGCAUCUUCCAGCGGGCCGGCAUCGUCACGGCGACGUCCGGCUCCGCCCUGCAGUACGACACCCUCAUUAGCCUGAUGGAGCACCUGAAAGCCUGUGCGGAGAUAGCCACCCAGAGGACCAUCAACUGGCAGAAGUUCUGCAUGAAGGACGACUCGGUUCUCUACUUUCUGCUGCAGGUCAGCUUCCUAGUAGACGAGGGCGUGUCCCCGGUGCUGCUGCAGCUGCUGUCCUGCGCACUGUGCGGCAGCAAGGUGCUCACGUCCUCGUCGGCGUCCUCCGCCGGCUCCACGGGUGGGGCCGGCUCCUCCCAGUCCUCCCAAAGCAAGUCCUCCAGUAAGAAGAGCAAGAAGGAGGACAAGGAGAAAGAGAAGGAUGGCGACAGCGUGGGAAGCCAGGAGGACCAGCUGUGCACCGCGCUGGUCAGUCAGCUCAACAAAUUAGCCGACAAAGAGACCCUCAUCCAGUUCCUGCGCUGCUUCCUGCUGGAGUCGAACUCCUCGUCCGUGCGUUGGCAGGCUCACUGCCUGGCUCUGCACAUCUACAGGAACUCCAGUAAGUCCCAGCAGGAGCUGCUCCUGGAUCUCACAUGGGCCAUCUGGCCAGAGCUCCCAGCAUAUGGGCGCAAGGCCGCCCAGUUCGUGGACCUGCUGGGCUAUUUCUCUUUGAAGACUCCACAGACUGAGAAGAAGCUGAAGGAAUACUCUCAGAAGGCUGUGGAGAUUUUAAGAGCUCAAAAUCAUAUUCUGACCAACCACCCCAACUCCAAUAUCUACAACACCUUGUCUGGAUUGGUGGAGUUCGAUGGGUUUUACCUGGAGAGUGACCCCUGCCUAGUCUGUAACAACCCCGAAGUGCCGUUUUCUAACAUCAAGCUCUCCUCCAUAAAAGUGGACACGCGCUACACCACCACACAGCAGGUGGUGAAACUCGUGGGCAGCCACACCAUCAGCAAGGUCACCGUCAAGGUCGGCGACCUGAAGCGCACCAAGAUGGUGCGCACCAUCAACCUCUACUACAACAACAGGACGGUGCAGGCCAUCGUGGAGUUGAAGAACAAACCCGCUCGCUGGCACAAAGCCAAGAAGGUCCAGCUGACCCCAGGGCAGACCGAGGUCAAGAUCGACCUCCCCCUGCCCAUCGUGGCGUCCAACCUGAUGAUCGAGUUCGCCGACUUCUACGAGAACUACCAGGCGUCCACGGAAACGCUGCAGUGUCCACGGUGCAGCGCGUCCGUGCCGGCCAACCCGGGCGUGUGCGGCAACUGUGGCGAGAACGUCUACCAGUGCCACAAGUGCAGGUCCAUUAACUAUGACGAGAAGGACCCCUUCCUGUGUAACGCUUGCGGCUUCUGCAAAUACGCGCGCUUUGACUUCAUGCUUUACGCCAAGCCGUGCUGCGCCGUGGAUCCCAUAGAGAAUGAAGAGGACAGGAAGAAGGCCGUCACCAACAUCAACACCCUGCUGGACAAGGCCGACCGCGUCUACCACCAGCUCAUGGGGCACCGGCCGCAGCUGGAGAGCCUGCUGUCCAAGGUGAACGAGGCAGCCCCGGAGAAGCCCCAGGAUGACGCGGGUUCCGGAGCAGGGAUGGGAGGCUCCUCCGCCAGUGUGAACAGGUACAUCCAGCAGCUGGCGCAGGAGUACAGUGGUGACUGCAAGACCUCCUUCGACGAGCUCUCCAAAAUAAUCCAGAAAGUUCUGGCAUCCCGCAAGGAGCUGCUGGAGUACGACCUGCAGCAGCGAGAGGCGGCCACCAAGUCGUCACGCAGCGGCGCCCAGCCCACCUUCACCGCCAGCCAGUACCGCGCGCUCUCCGUACUGGGCUGCGGCCACACCUCCUCCACCAAGUGCUACGGCUGUGCGUCGGCGGUCACCGGCCACUGCAUAGCGCUGCUGCGCGCCCUGGCCACCAACCCGUCCAUCCGGCAGAUCCUGGUGCUUCAGGGCCUCAUCCGCGAGCUCUUCGAGUACAACCUGCGGCGCGGCACCGGCGCCAUGCGGGAAGAGGUGCGGCAGCUGAUCUGCCUGCUCACCAGAGAUCAUCCUGAUGCCACUCAGCAGAUGAAUGACCUCAUCAUUGCAAAGGUGUCUGCUGCACUGAAGGGCCACUGGGCCAACCCUGACCUGGUGAGCAGCCUUCAGUACGAGAUGCAGCUUCUCACUGACUCCAUAGCUAAAGAGGGAGGUUGCUGGGAACUGCGGCUUCGCUGUGCUCUCAGCCUCUUCCUAAUGGCCGUGAACAUUAAGACCCCGGUGGUGGUGGAGAACAUCACCCUGAUGUGUCUGAAGAUCCUGCAGAAGCUCAUUAAGCCACCCGCACCCACCAGCAAAAAGAAUAAGGAUGCUGCUGUUGAGUCCCUGACCACUGUCAAGCCCUAUAGCAACGAGAUACACGCUCAGGCCCAGCUCUGGCUAAAAAAGGACCCCAAGGCGUCCUAUGAAGCCUGGAAAAAGUGCCUUCCGGCCAGAGGCCAAGAAGCCGUCUCAAAGCCCCUCUCCAAGGUCGACAUACGGAAGCAUUACCUACUAGAGAAGUACGUCUGGAAGUGGAAGCAGUUUAUGAGCAAGCGUGGGAAGAGGACUUCACCCCUGGACCUCAGGUUGGGACACAACAACUGGCUACGGCAGGUGCUCUUCACCCCCGCUACCCAGGCCGCUAGGCAAGCCGCCUGCACCAUAGUGGAAGCUCUCACCUCCAUUCCCAGCCGUAAACAACACGUCCUAGACCUGCUCACUAGUUACCUAGAUGAGCUGAGCAUCGCUGGUGAGUGUGCGGCAGAAUACCUGGCGCUGUACCAGAAGCUCAUCAAGCCUGCACACUGGAAAGUGUAUUUGGCAGCUCGCGGCGUCCUCCCCUACGUCGGCAACCUGAUCACUAAGGAGAUCGCCCACCUUCUGGCGCUGGAGGAGGCCACUCUGAGCACUGACCUUCAGCAGGGUUAUGCCCUGAAGAGCCUGACAGGCCUCUUGUCCUCCUUUGUGGAGGUGGAGUCCAUUAAGCGGCACUUCAAGAGCCGCCUUGUGGGUACAGUGCUCAACGGGUACCUGUGCCUCAGGAAGCUGGUGGUGCAGAGGACCAAGCUGAUCGAUGAAACGCAGGACAUGCUGUUGGAGAUGCUGGAGGACAUGACCACAGGGACGGAGUCUGAGACCAAGGCUUUCAUGGCGGUGUGCAUCGAGACGGCCAAGCGUUACAGCCUGGACGACUACAGGACGCCUGUGUUCAUCUUCGAGAGGCUGUGCAGCAUCAUUUACCCCGAGGAGAACGAGGUGACGGAGUUCUUCGUGACUUUGGAGAAGGACCCACAGCAGGAAGACUUCUUGCAGGGGCGCAUGCCCGGCAAUCCCUACAGCAGCAACGAGCCAGGAAUCGGGCCCCUCAUGAGGGACAUAAAGAAUAAGAUCUGCCAGGACUGUGACCUGGUAGCACUGCUGGAGGAUGACAGCGGCAUGGAGUUGCUUGUGAAUAACAAGAUAAUUAGCCUGGAUCUUGCGGUUGCUGAAGUCUAUAAGAAGGUGUGGUGCCCCACCAAUGAGGGGGAGCCCAUGAGAAUUAUCUAUCGCAUGAGAGGCCUUUUGGGUGAUGCUACAGAAGAGUUUAUCGAGUCACUGGACUCCACCACAGAUGAGGAGGAGGAUGAUGAGGAGGUGUACAAGAUGGCCGGCGUGAUGGCUCGCUGCGGGGGUCUGGAGUGCAUGCUCAACAGGCUGUCUGGAAUCAAGGACUUCAAGCAGGGGAGGCACCUUCUCACGGUUCUGCUGAAGCUGUUCAGUUACUGUGUGAAAGUGAAAAUCAACAGACAGCAGCUCGUCAAACCGGAGAUGAACACACUGAACGUUAUGCUGGGAACCCUCAACCUGGCGCUGGUGGCCGAGCAGGAGAGCAAGGACAGCGGCGGGGCGUCCAUAGCGGAGCAGGUCCUCAGCAUCAUGGAAAUCAUCCUGGAUGAAGCCAAUGCCGAGACCGUCUCUGAGGAUAAGGGUAACUUGCUGUUGACUGGGGACAAAGACCAGCUGGUGAUGUUGCUAGAUCAGAUCAACACACCCUUCGUACGUUCGAAUCCCAGCGUGCUGCAGGGCCUGCUCCGCAUCAUCCCCUACCUGUCCUUCGGGGAGCUGGAGAAGAUGCAGAUCCUGGUAGAGCGUUUCAAGCCCUGCUGCAGCUUUGACAAGUACGACGAAGAACACAGCGUGGAUGACAAGGUCUUCCUAGACUGUUUCUGUAAGAUCGCCGCCGGAAUCAAGAACAACAGUAACGGCCAUCAGCUGAAGGAGCUGAUUCUUCAGAAAGGCAUUACCCAGAAUGCCCUGGAUUACAUGAAGAAGCAUAUCCCCAGCGCAAAAAACUUGGAUGCUGACGUCUGGAAGAAAUUUCUCUCUCGCCCAGCCCUGCCCUUCAUCCUGAGGUUGCUUCGAGGUCUGGCCACCCAGCACCCCCCAACGCAGGUGCUGAUCGGCAUGGACUCCAUCAGCGACCUGCACAAGCUGGAGCAGGUGUCCAGCGACGAGGGCAUCGGCACGCUGGCCGAGAACCUGCUGGAGGCUCUGCGCGAGCACGCCGACGUCAACCUGAAGAUCGACGCGGCGCGGCGGGAGACGCGGGCCGAGAAGAAGCGCAUGGCCAUGGCCAUGAGGCAGAAGGCACUGGGAACGCUGGGAAUGACCACCAACGAGAAGGGCCAGGUGGUGACGAAGACAUCGCUGCUCAAGCAGAUGGAAGAGCUGAUUGAGGAGCCUGGACUGACCUGUUGUAUCUGCCGGGAGGGCUACAAGUUCCAGCCCACGAAGGUUCUUGGAAUUUACACGUUUACGAAGCGCGUGGCCCUGGAGGAGUCCGAGAAUAAGCCCCGGAAGCAGCAGGGCUACAGCACGGUGUCACACUUCAACAUCGUCCACUACGACUGCCACCUUGCUGCUGUCCGGCUGGCACGUGGGCGUGAGGAGUGGGAGAGCGCCGCCCUACAGAACGCCAACACCAAGUGCAACGGCUUGCUGCCGGUGUGGGGGCCGCACGUGCCGGAGUCCGCGUUCGCCACCUGUCUGGCCAGGCAUAAUACGUACCUGCAGGAGUGUACGGGCCAACGGGAACCUACCUACCAGCUGAACAUCCAUGACACCAAGCUGCUAUUCCUGCGAUUCGCCACGGAGCAGUCUUUCAGCGUGGACACGGGGGGCGGCGGGCGCGAGAGCAACAUCCACCUCAUCCCUUACAUCAUCCACACUGUGCUCUACGUGCUCAACACUACCAGGGCCACCUCACGGGAGGAGAAGAACCUGCAGAGCUUCCUGGAGCAGCCGAGUGAGAAGUGGUUGGAGAGCACGUACGAGGUGGACGGACCGCACUACUACACGGUGCUGGCCAUGCACAUCCUGCCCCCCGAGCGCUGGCGGACCACGCGCCUGGACUUCCUGCGCCGCCUGCUGUUCACCUCACAUGCCCGCAAAGUCUCCCCAGGGGGCACCAACAAACUCUCGGACAAAACCGUGAAGGAGUAUGCAGUAUACCGCUCCCCGCUUCUCUUCUGGGGCCUGGUGGAUCUCAUCUAUGACAUGUUCAGGAAAGUUCCCACCUGCAACACAGAGGGAGGCUGGUCAUUCUCCCUGGCUGAGUACGUGCGGCACAACGACAUGCCCAUCUACGAGGCAUCUGAGCGCGUCUUGCGGGCUUUCCAGGAUGAGCUCAUGCCCGCUGAAUCCGUCUCGGAGUUCUUCGACGUCGUAGGACUUUUAUCUGACAUCCCAGACCCUGCGGGCUUUUUGCAGGAUCUGUUGAACUCUGUGCCCUGAUGGGCUUUAGCAACUGGACUUCAGAUGGCUUCAAUCCACACCCGGUGUCCCAUAUGGAGACGAAACGGUCCCUGUUUACGGGGACUCCGUGGAAAAGCUUCUUCAAAGGACAUCUUCUCAACAGGAGGCGAAGAGCUUCCCAGCUUCUUCACACAGACACACAGAAAUGAACACACACAGUAAAACACACAGACGCAGACGGCACAUCUGGCCCCCGUUCCUGCUUUGAGCAGCUUUCAAUACGCUAUUCUUUAAACAACUCUGACCAGAAAAGUCUAUGUGUAGCCUGGCAAGUUUAUGCAUCCUAUUUACUAAAAGGGUUUCUGUAAUAUAAAAUGCCCGUGUUAUUACACACAACAUGUUUGGGUGCAGAAUCUCUGAGUAAUUUUAAGUAUUUUCAAGCUAAAAUGAAGAAAAUUACUUGUUUAAUUUUGGUUGCGGUUUUUGUUAAAAAAUUAAUUUGCAAAUUCACAGGAAGCUAGUGUGAGCUUCACAGGAUUAACCAAUCUUUCUUAUGUAGGUAACUUAUCUCCCCCUUACCCAGGAUUUUGCAGUUAUGUCACUGGACCUCUGAUUUAUGAGAGUUAUUGACUUGUUGGCUUUUUAAGACCAAACAGAUGUUAGGUCUCUUUUUAUAAUCAAAUUAAACAGAUAAAAAUGUCCUCCCUGUUAUGAAAUCCUGAUUCAAGACAGGAUACCACUCCAGUACGUUUUCAUUUUGCUGACAACUUUCCAGAUGGAAAGUCUCAUUAUCCUCUUUAGGGAAAAAUUGGGUACAUUUGGGGUAAUAGUCUUUGGGUUCAAUUUAGUUCUGAUUUCUUGUGGGUCCACAACUACACUGGCUUCGUGUUCAGGUUUUUUUUUUUUUUUCGUCAUUCACAAGAUAAAAUAAGAAUACCCUUCAGAUAUCAUCUCUGUUACCCCCUCAGAGCUGUUUUUGUUUCUGGUAAGCACAGUGCCGCUGAGUGCAGACUCAGUGAUCAAGAAACUCGUUAAUAUAUCGACGCCUGCAGAGGGCGCCAUUGUACUCAGAGCAGAAUGCAUGGUGUGGAGUUUGUUUCGAUCCAGUUUAGUGUUUCUUUGCCUAUUCCCGUUGCUACUAUGUUCAACUGUCGCUGAAUGUUUGCUUUUUGGUUUAGCAGAAGAUUAAUAAAGCUGUAAUAAUUCUA